AUGAACUUGGAACCAACAAACACACACAAACGAGCUAUACUACAAGAAAACCGUUGUCAAAAUUGUGUAGAUAAAGAUAAAUAUCACGUGAACAUACGGCGUUAUAUAGUACUAUUUCGAGCAAUAUGCGUGGACAAGCUGCUGCUAAAGGGACCGGCAUUGGCAAGGAGCUUGAGCCGAGUGCCAGUGAGUGUCCUGCCGCGGAUUGGGUCGGUUCGCCAUGUGACCGCCGGCUGUGGAGCGGGCGAUGCCGUUAAGGGCGGCAAGGGCAUCGUCCUGGGCCUCUACGAGAAGGAAUCGGGCAAGGGUCCCCGCCUCACGCCCGCCGGCGAGAAGUUCGACGAUCGUGUCCAGGGCAAGUUGUCCGAGUUGGUGUGCGAAACGAAACUCACCGGUCGUCUGGGUCGCGGCAAGGUCUUCAACAAUGUAGACACCGAUUUCCGUUCGAUUUGCGUGGUGGGCGUUGGCCUCGAAGGCAUAGCCUUCAAUGAACUGGAGAUGCUGGACGAGGGCAUGGAGAAUGUGCGAAUAGCCGCCGGCAUUGGGGCCCGAUCGCUGCAGAGCAUCGGCUGCUCCGAGGUGCAUGUGGACAAUAUGGAUUAUGCCGAGCAGGCUGCCGAGGGUGCCGCAUUGGCCAUUUGGCGGUUUGAGGAGAACCUGGCCAAGAAGUAUCGCAGCACCAUACCAAAGUUGGAGCUCCAUGGCUCGCCGGAUUUGGAGUCUUGGACAAGGGGUCUCUUCAAGGCGGAGGCCCAGAAUUUGGCCAGGAGACUGUGUGAUGCCCCCGCCAAUUGUAUGACGCCCACCAUGGUGGCCCAGGCUGCCGUGGAUGCAUUGUGCCCCUGCGGCAUCACCGUGGAGGUACGCACCAUGGAGUGGAUUGAGCAGCAGCAUCUCAACUCGUUUCUGAUGAUUGCCAAGGGCAGCUGCGAGCCACCCGUUCUCCUGGAGGUGGCCUAUUGCGGCACCGCCCCCGAGGACAAGCCCAUAUUGCUGGUGGGCCAGGGCAUUACGUUCAAUUCCGGCGGAAUCAACCUGCGUCCUUGCAAGGGAAUGGACGAGUUCCGGGGAGAUCUCACCGGUGCCGCCUCCAUUUUGGCCGCCAUGCGAGCAGCUGCCGCUUUGUCGCUGCCCAUCAACAUCACCGCUGUGAUUCCGCUCUGUGAGAAUCUUCCGUCUGGCAUGUCCUGCAAGCCGGGCGAUGUGGUUACCCUGCUCAACUCCAAGUCCCUGGCGGUUAGGAACAUCAGCAGAACGGGUGUGGUGGUCAUCUCAGAUCCCAUGCUCUAUGGCCAGAUUACGUAUAAGCCAAGACUCGUCGUCGAUGUGGGUUCCAUGUGCAAGGGCGUGAAGAAGGCGGUGGGCGGCGGAGCCACUGGUAUCUGGUCGAAUUCGCAUUACAUAUGGAAACAAUUCCAGCGGGCUGGAUCCCUGACCGGCGAUCGUCUGUGGCGUUUCCCCCUGUGGCGCUACUACAAGGAUCGUGUGGCGGACCACCUGAGCUUUGAUCUCCUGAACGAUGGCGAGGGCUAUGCCUCAUCUUGUCUGGCGGCUGCUGUUCUCCACGAACUCGUGCCCUGCAGCGACUGGGCUCACCUGGACACCUAUGGCACUGGACUGCUGAGCACCUAUGGACUUAUACCGUAUCUCACGGCUGGCAGGAUGACCGGCAGGCCAACAAGGACACUGGUGCAGUUCCUCUACCAAAUCGCCUGCCCCGAACAGCCCAAAUAGUUCUGUUCCAUCUAUUUUCGAUGACGAAUGGGUUGACGACUAUGAUUACGUUUUGGUUGGUUCUUUGACAGGCGACUCCCUAAAACCCCGGGCAUUGGAUGUUUGGCUUUAAGUGUGUAUUGAUGAGAGAUGAUGUAUUCAUCGCCCAACGUUUUAACUCGCUUGACUGAAGUCCCAGUACCAGGGACCAGAACUCGUUCAAUGUUUGUAUUUUGAUGUUAAUGACUCGGCCGCAUCCCGGGGCUGAGUUGGCUGGCAGAGAGUGUCUUCGAGUCCAAAAAUUUCCAAAUUAACACAGAUAAAUCAUUGUAUUACCCAAUCAUCACCUAUUUCGGCUCACAAUUAGAUGUAAUAAAUUUUAGGGUCCUUUAAAAGAAUUUAAUU